CCUGUGUGCGCAGAGAUUAAGAACUAUAUUUACACCCUUUACGAAUGUUAAGUUUGUUUUAAUUACUGGACCAGUAAGCAAGUUUGUCCACUCAUCGAUGGAGCAGUUCUUAAUUCUGUGACCCUGUAACCGUAAAUAAGUAGACGCAAAAUAGCAAGAAAUCUAGCGAAGCAUGCAGAUGAUUAUUUCACGACGAAGUGCGGUGUAUCCUAUCUUACCUGGUGAAAAUUUCAGUUCGGGAAUUUAAUAUCUACAUACGUGGCAGAGUUAAAACUCCCACAUAGUAAAUAGUUCGACAGGUUAAAACGAUUGUUUAUCAUCAUAAAGAUCCCAAGACGGCCAACUCUCGUGCAAGUUUCAUCCGGAACAGUUCUUCAAGAUGGACACCGGUGGAUAACCCAGAUGACGGGGCGGUAUUUUACCUACCAUGUAAACAAUCACUGAUCUGACCGUGGACUCCGGUGAUCUUUAAUGAACUAAUAAUGGUCUUGUGGAACUAGAUAAGGAUAAGCUUAUAACUUUUGAACACCGGAGCAACGAUAUAAUAGAUUUAUUCAUAAAAUGGAAUUGUUGGAACAGCAGAGGAAAUUAUUUGGAGCAAUGUGCACGAAUUUGAUCAAAAAUGUUUACAUAAAAUAGACUCUGAAUGGGGCCGUGGAUUUAAAUUAUCUUUGAAGGCAUAUGGUCUUUAAUAAGUCACUGAUUAAGAGAAUUACUGAUUUAAAUAGUUCUGACCAUAAUGCUCCAAAUGUCUCGUGAAGUUACAGAAUACGGAUUGGACUUCACUGAAUCAUACACCCGGGAUUCUUUUAACGGUAUCGCUGAGAGAAUGAACCUGUCCAGCGAAGAGCUGGACAUCAUAUUCACUGCAGUGGACACGGAUGGAGAUGGAAUUAUCAAUAAGAGCGACUUAAUGUGUGAAUCUCCUCACUUCAACAGUACGCCUAUCCGGCGAAAGACCGAUUUGUCUGGGAAAUCUAAACAUCCUUUUAAGAACCUUGCGUCGGAUUUUAGUGUUUUAUCGACUGAUUGCCAAGAGCAGGUAUGCGAAUUGUACCAGCAGCUACAUGCCUCCGACCACUCGGAGCUGUUACAGAACUUUGAAUCCAUCAUUCUCGGGGUCCUAAAGGACGUCCGCUUCUACCAGGUGGAAAACGAACGUCUGGAAAAGUCCUUCAAAAGAGAGAAAGAACAACAUGAACGCCACCUUCGGGAAUUGGAGGAUGAAAUGGACAAAGAGAUACAAAAAUUGGAGGAGGCUUUUAAAGCGAAGGAAGAAGAAAGAAUUGCUGCAGAGAAAGCAGAACUUAGGAGAGAGGUGGACAAUGAGAUUAAAACACUUCAACAAAAUCUUACAAAAUUACAGCAGGAUAAAUCUGAUCCAAAGGGAUCCGAAUUAGAAGAACAAGUGAAUAGUGUGAAAAUAAAACUAGAUGAAUUGACGGGAGAGAAUAGAAGACUCCGUAGUGAACUCACAGACGCACACACAAAUCUCGCUCUGGUUAGAAGUGAACUCGCAACAGUUCGGCAACAACACAAAGAGAAAUGCCAAGAGGUGUCGAUGGAAAAGGAAACCGUGAUGGAAUACAUAAAAGAACAAGACAAUUUAACUCGACAACUUCAUCUACUACAUGAUGCCAACAAACAACUUCAUGACACCAAUGACGAUCUCAGACUUGCCAUUGAAAGCAGACGGCAAAGUCAAAGAACAUCAAUUGCAAGUGCUUCCAGUUCCACACCAAACACCUGUGGUAAAGACAGGCGAGGCUCGGUGAUGAGUGAAUACUUCCUCGGAAACCGCACUGGACCACCAUCAGUAAGGUCAUGUAAUCUUAGUCCUGCAUCAUCCGUUAUUGAGGAGCCCAUUUCCAGACAACUCACUGUUAAUAACUCGUCCUAUUCACCUCGACGCCUUCCUACCAGGUUGCCAAGAGAUGACACGUGCGAGGAAGACAACUUAGGCGAUGAUAUGGACAGCGGACAUUCUACGUUGAGAGAACACAAUGAUAUAGACACAGAAUCAGAGGCACACUAUGACGAUGAUAUUUAUAGACAUAGACUCUUCACCCCCAAGAUACAGUCCAGUAGACUAGUAGAGGAAACAGAUGAACCGGAAUCUCAUGACGAAACAGAAGCAGAAUCUGUUUUCCCUAACGACAGUCGGACCCUUCCGUUACAUUCCCGGCUUGGUGCACCAAGUCUUAGGUCUUCCCGCACAAGUCUUAGAUCUCGUGAGAGCAGAAAUAACCGUCUGCGUCGAAUGACAACAAGUCAAGAGUCUAUCAGCUCUUCUAAAGCCUCUCGGGAUCCAGAGAGGAUGUAUAAAAUAGUCCUAGCAGGCGAUGCUGCUGUCGGGAAGUCCAGUUUCAUAAUGAGACUCUGCAAAGGGAAAUUUGUACCCAAUCUUAGUUCUACUUUAGGUGUUGAUUUUCAAACAAAAUUGCUGGAAGUUGAUGGUAGAACCAUUGCCCUGCAGUUAUGGGAUACAGCCGGUCAAGAGAGAUUCAGAAGCAUAGCAAAGUCAUACUUCAGGAGAGCAGAUGGCGUUUUGUUGUUGUAUGAUUGUUCAUAUGAGAGAUCUUUCAUGAGUGUUAGGGAGUGGGUAGACUCUAUUGAGGACGGUGCUCAAAAGAAAGUGCCGAUUAUGUUGUGUGGAAAUAAAUCCGAUUUGCGAGAUGAAUCUGAAAAACAAGGUAGAAAGGUUGUCAACUUUGAGGAUGGGCAGAAACUAGCGAGGGAAUUUGAAGGGCUAUUCAUUGAAACAAGUGCUAAGGAAGGCUCAAAUAUUGUUGAUGCAGUUACGGAACUUUCGCGACUUCUCAUGGCAAGCGAAGAUUUUGAGCUUGUGACCUCAGGACUUCAGCUCAAGACUGAAACUACAAAGACAAAAUCCUCCUCUUGUUGUGACUUCUCACCUCUAAUGAAGAUUUAGAAGUGAAAGCCUCGGGGCUUCAACUGCACGACCCAAACUAUGAUUCCAGUAAACGAACAAAUUGUUGUGGAAGAUCGUCAUGAAAUACAAAACUUGAUAUAUCGUUGUGGAUGUUUUGUAUGGGAUCUUGUGAUUAAGGAAUUUUGAUAUUUUUUGCAGACUUUUAACAGCUAAUGAGGACAUAGAAGUAAAAUCAUCUGGCCUUCAGCUGCAUAGUGGCAAUAUGAAGGAAAAAUCUUCAUGCUGUGGAUCAUGAUAUGUACAUUUGUACAAACGGUUUUCUUUCUUUCUUUUUUUUUUGUCAUUCCAUAUUGCGUGCUUAUUUUAAUUAAUCUAUCAGGGCAAUGCUUAAUUAGCCAUUACAAUUAAUUUGCUGAUAUAAUUUGAAUUGAUAUUGUCAAACUGAAUCACUUUGUCAAUGUUUUUAUUUACUAUAUAUAUAUGGAUGUGUAUAAUAUGUUAUUUUGUGCAAUAGUUUAGGAACAAUACUUUUUACAUGUAGUUUUCGUAUGAUGGUUGUUAAAAUAUGUGAAAUGUAGUUUUCGCUUUCGAAAUUUCAUAUGUUUUAAAAAAUAAUUGCACUUUCAGUAGUUUAUUUUUGUAGAACAGUGUAAUGUGUAUAUUUUGGACGUCCAUGUCUCAUUGUAAGAUGAUAGACAGUUAUUCAGUUUUGCAUUUAUAUACUUUGUUACAUAUCAAAGUUGAGAAUGGACACAGCGUAGCUGUUUUAUUUACUUAUUGUCUAGUCUUAUCCAUCGCUAUACUUAGUAUAUGCUGGUAAUCGUUUGUUAAACAUGACGUCAAUUUUGUUAAGUUUUUCCUCUUGAAAUAUAAGAUUAAAAAAGAAUUUACAAAA